ACUGCGAUUAAUCCUAUUGGAAACCCAAUUGCUACACGUAAACAUCUUUUUUGAAGAAAAUUUUCUCAAUACUUAUAGUUCACGUUAUAUAUACUAUAGAGUAUCGAGUAAAAUUUCCUUAAAAAAGACGUUUUGGAAUGCAACCCAAAUUCUAAACACACUUAUAAACAUUUAUAAGCUUACAGCGCUUACACGCGUGAACGUCCAAAACGAAUGCAGUCAUCGUCUACCUCUUUAUAAAUGUAAUUUUAAGUGCUGCUUCUUGAGAAGCUUUGUUCGUCGGACGAUGGCUUAUAACUUAAAAAAUGAAGAGGAAGUGAAGGAAUACUUGAAGAACUUACACAUCGAAUACCAGUUUAGCUGCUAUAGCGAAAAAAAGCCAGAAGUGUGCCAUCUAUUGGGCGAUUAUUAUGAAAGCCUAGAUCAAAAUUUGGAAAAGGCCGCAUCGAUAUACAAAACGACUUGUGACAAGUAUAAUUAUGGCAGAAGCUGCACGAAAUACGGUGAUUUUGUGGCGCUCGGUAAAGGUUGUAAGAAGGACAUACAGACAGGAUACAAAUAUAUGUCGAAAGGUUGUGAGUUAAACGAUGAAUAUGGCUGUUUGCAUGCUGGUAUAUUAGGCACAUCUAAGAACGAUAUAGGAGAGAAAGACAGGGCCACGCAGAUUAAGACGGGUGUCCAACAACUGAAGAAAGCCUGCGAUAUGUUCAAUUCGGAUAAAGCGUGUUUCUACCUUUCGGGAAUAUACUUGGCUGGCCUAGAAGGCAUUAUCGACAAGAACUAUAAGGAGGCAUAUAAGCUAUCUUUGAAGAGCUGCGAGUUUGGCAAUCCGUAUGCUUGUGCAAAUCUGUCGCAAAUGCACAAACGCGGAGAUGGUGUACAGAAAGACGACGCGCUUGCCGAGAUCUUCCAAAAACGCGCUUUGAAACUGCAUGCAGAAUUAAAAGCUGUACAGCCAGAAUUGAAGUUCCAUCAAGGCGUGAAUCCAUAACACUCCUUGAUAUUAGCUGCUUAAGACGUGAUUUUUGUUGCACGUCAAACUGACGUUGCGUUGUACGAUGUGUCUGUAUGUAAGUUUUGAAAAUGAAUAUCAACUGCCAAAUUUCAACAUACACAUCUGUUGCCAUCGUGACGUAUUCGAGUGUCCGUAGCAUAAAUUGUUAAUUUAAUCUGUAUUACAAAUAUAUGUUAUAAUUGUUUUA